AUGAACGCCCGUAUGUCGCGACUGCGACGCUCGUUGUCGCGGUCUGUCCAGCAGCUGAGCCUAUCACGAUCCAGCAGUCUGAACGGUCUAAUCGAGCUCCCAACUAGUAGCUAUACAACGCUCGUCGAUAAGUUUGCUGUGAGUUCAUCAACUGUUGGUUCAUUUAUUGACUCUAUUUUCUUUUAUUUUGUGAACUAUCAUUUUAAAUCCUUUGGAUAG